GAAAAUUUAGGGUAAGUACUUAAAUUCUUAUACAAAACUCCUCCUAUAAAGACAGUUUAGCAAUUGAAGAAAAGAAAUAUGAUAAAAUUAUGUGGAAACUCACUAAAUAGCUUGGAUUUCUUUCUGUGACAAUCGUGGAGUUAUCUUCGUAAUUGAACGUCUGGAUAAUUCCUGAUGAUUCUGUAAAGUACUGAAGACAAUUUUGUGGUGCCAGGUUGCUCUUUAGCUGUGUAAUCCUUACACUGAAUGCCCUGGCAUCAGGAAUUGUGGAAAGCAUUGAGAGAAACAGCAUUCUACUGGCUGAAUCUGAGACAUCAAUGUACACUGAAAGAUUAUGAAAAUCAAAAUAUGGGAUCAGAACAAUCUACAGCGGCUCAGGGAGUACAGGGAGUCGCUGGAACUCAAUCCAGAAGACCCCCAAGUGAUGCUAGACUCUAUCGUGGGAACACAAUUGCAGUGCCAGACAGUGCUGUGAGAAAUUCUAGUCAAAUUGUGACUGAGGAGGCUUUUGCUGCUCACACUGACUCCCGGCCAUGCUCUCCACCAAUCAGUGUAUGUUCAGAUUCAGAUCUGCCCUACAUCUCCUACACAGAUCGCCCAAUUGGUGAUUCUCCCAAGCUCAGGAACAAGGGAGCACAAGCUCGACUCACAAGGGCAAAUACCAGCGCCACUUCCCGGAAGGUAUCACUGCCCAGAGGAAAGAUCAGACCCGGUUCCACAGCUCACAAUAUUGUGGUCGUGAAGGCGGCUGCGAAGGAGGGCGGCAUCGAGAAAGAUCCCGACAUCUUAAGACUUCAAAGCAUUCCUAUGUUCUUACCUGUGAUGCGUGGCACCUUGUCCUUGCCAGCUAAUCGUGAUCCGGAAGUCCUAGAGCGCCUUCAGCCAGUGCAUCUGAGCAAUAUGUGUCGUCGUGUUCAGGUACAUUAUAGUGUAAUGGCCAAUCGAGUGGCAACAGAUCAGGCGCAACUUACAACUAAAGUCAAAGAGAUUGAUAGUGAAAUAGGCAGAAUACACAGUGCCAUGUGUGAGAGACAGAAAUUAUAUGCUUCUUAUGCUGAAAACUUCUCAAAGCUGCAUACAAUUUCGCAACAACUCAGUAGAUGCAACGCAAUACUUAAUGAAACCAUUGCCAGUGCGGAGGCACUCAACAAUUUUUUAGAAAUUGAGGAUAGAUUAGAACCAUUUGUGUGGACAACACAUUAAUAAAAUUAUAGAAAAGUGCGCUUUUGAAAAUGAAGUCCAAAAAAAUUAAUUUUUUCCUAUUUUAUUGGUUUUAUAGGCUAUUUUAUUAUUUCUUUAUAAGACUCAAAAGACGUUAAUUUAUUUUAUGUAAUUUGUAGAUUAGUGUACAAGUAUUUAUUUUUUCUUUUAGAAAAUAUCAACAAGUUUUAUCGGCAUCUUUGACAAGUUACUAAAUUAUUGAAUUAAAUAAGUCAUUACAAGUUUGUGCAAAUAAAAAUAAUACUCUUAUGAGUAUCAUGCGCGGAAAUGCAAUGAUUUCUUUAUAGUGCUCCGAUUCAAUAUGUUAACGGCACGCACUACUUUUAUUUCAUCUUUCUCUCCUAACUAUUACUUUUAUAAAUGAGUUGUGUGGUGUCGAUAUGAAAAAAAAACCAGUUGUCACAUAUCUCUAAUUAUAUGACAAAUAUGUACACUUUCUACAUAAAAGCAUGUCAAAAAAUUAUUGCAACAUUCAACAUCUUCAUUAAAAUGUAGUGUAUAUAUUAGUGAAUUAAAACCAUACUGAUCCAGAUUCCUUUGGUCAACAAUUUGCCCUGGUGAAUUGCGAAAUAUUAUGACCGAUAAUGUGUGCAAUUUCCCGCGCAAAAGAUGCAAAAAAAAAUUCUCUCAAUUGGAUCAUUGGGUUUGUGAAAGCUUUAUUUGAAAACUCAAUUACAAUAUUUUCCUUUUUCUCUUUGCUCACAUUCUGUGCGAUUUCAACAAAUUAAAAGACUUAAAUGCUACCAGAGAAAAUUGCCUAUCGUCACUUAAUCUACCCUAUCUCGUUUUCUCAUGGAAUAUUUUCUUGAAUUAUUUCGUUACAUGUCUAAUUUCUUUUUCAUUGGCGCCCGAAAACAACUCUAUAAUGCAAAACUUCUUUGCCUAAAUUGACUAUUUCUAAAGCUAUUGCAACACAAUCAUACACGUGCUUCAGGUGAAGUGUCGAAAGGUAUAAUGCUCGUAUCAAAUGCGAUACAAAAUGGGUUUCAGGAUAAAGUUGUAUACCAGAUAUACUAGUCCAAAUUGGAAGAAACGCUUAAGCCAGUAGAGUCUGAAAAAAUACAAAUGAAGUUAGUUAAAUAAAGAAGUAAACAGGACUUAGGCGAAACAAUAUUUUAUGAAAAUAUUGGCAGUCACGAUUUUUGUUAAUGUAAAAUUAAAUAAAAAUGAACAAUAUUUUACUGAAA